AUGUCUCUCAUUGUGACUCCCGUGACGACAUCCGAUGAGAUGCAGCAAGCGAUGGUCCUGCGACGGAGAGUGUUCAUCGACGAGCAAGGAAUCCGUGAAGUUGUGGAGAUGGAGGACCCCCACGACGACGAGCCGAGUACAAUUCACUUUGUAGGCAAAUACUCCGAGACGGGCGAAUAUGUGGCGGUGGCUCGCUGUCUACUCGACGAACUCAAUCGCAAGGCCAAAUUCGGUCGUGUGGCGGUGCUGGCAGAAUAUCGGGGCAAGAAUCUUGGUGCACAGCUAAUGGACGCCAUCGAAAAGCAUGUGCGUGACCGUGUCGACAUGUUUGCGCUGUCCUCGCAGUACGGACGGAAAAGGUUCUACGAGAAGUGCGGCUACAGCUGCACGAGCGACGAGAUCUACUUGGAAGAAGACAUAGAGCACUGUUACAUGGUCAAGCCGGCUACAAAGACUGACUAG